GACGGAGAGGCGGGGCUACCAGCGUUGGCCGCCGCGUCGCUGGGCAGUCCGGGCGAAGAGGCGCCACAGGAAGGGUCGGGUCGUCGACUGUCGCUCGUCGAGGCGGACGUGAGUGCCCCGCGGUACGGCAUGUGGGGGGAACGGCCCUCGUACUCCCCUCCCCAAAGGGAUGCGCAGAGCGGAGGAUCCUACGAGAGCGUGCAGCUUCCCGGGAGCAUCAUGGACGACACGCAGCCGCUCGCCGCCGCCGACGUCCUCCAGUCCAAGUACGACAAGUACAACGACCCGUUCAAGGUGGAGAAGGCGACGGACGACAAGCAGGUAAGGAAGACGGUGGAGACCCUCUUCUUCCGAGACAACAAGAGGAAAAUCGACUUCAUUUUGGUCUACAAGGACGAGGAAGACGACGAGAAGAUCGAGAGGAGAAAAGUCUUCGAGGACAACCUCCGUGAAGAAGGACUCGAGCUCGAGACGGAGGAUAAGAAGCAAUCGCAAGACGGCCAGACGUACUUCGUCAAGAUCCACGCGCCCUGGGACCUUCUGGUGCGAUACGCCGAGAUCAUGAAACUCAAGAAGCCGAUCAAGAGGUUUAUAAUCAUACGAGGAGGUGAAGUCUGGAAAGACGACGCGGAGAAGAAGAAGAAGGACAUAUUCUCGUGGAUGGGCGUCAAGAACCCCUUUAUGUACGACGAAAAACUUAUUCCUCCUGAGCCGACCUACUUCUCCACAGGCUUCUCUCGCUCACACGUUGAACAGUUCAUCAUCAAGGACCGCGAGACCUUCUUCACGCCAUCGCAAAGGAGCCAAAUUGUGUGGGAAAUCCUGCUCCGAGUUCGUUAUAACAAUUCCGACCAAGGACUCGGCAUCUCCCGCCUGCUCUCCAACAGCACCUACGUGGCCGCUUAUCCGCUUCACGACGGAAGGUACGACAAGGACAGCCCCGAUGGAUCCAUCUGCGACCGCCGGCUGUUGUACCUGGAGUGGGCGCAGUUCAAGAAGUGGUACAAGACCCAGCCUCUGCACGUCAUCCGGCGUUACUUCGGCGACAAAAUGGCGAUGUACUUCGCUUGGCUCGGCUUCUACACGCAGAUGCUCAUCCCGGCUUCGCUCUUCGGGAUUUUUACCUUCACUUGCGGCGUCUUCAUCAUGUUCUCGGAUUUUAACCAGCCGAGCGAGGAGAUCUGCAGCAACACCUCAGACACCAGUUCCAUCAUCAUGUGUCCGCUGUGUGACCGCCUCUGCGACUUCUGGAAGCUGGGCGACAGCUGUGCGAACGCCUACAUCACCUUCCUGUUCGACAACCCCGCCACAGUCUUCUUCUCCAUCGCUAUGUCCUUCUGGGCGACCAUGUUCCUGGAACUCUGGAAGCGGAAGCAGUCGGUGAUCCAGUGGCAGUGGGACCUCGAGAACUACGAGGAGGAGGAGGAGCUGCGGCCCGAGUACGAGGAGAAGGUCACCACGACGAGGAUCAACCCGGUGACCAACAAACCCGAGCCUUACAUGCCCCUCAUGGACAAGAUCUCGCGCUACGUCGCCUCCUAUUCGGUCAUUCUCGUGAUGCUGUUCGUGAUGUUGGCUUCGGUCUUCAGCGUGAUCGUCUACCGGAUAGCGGUCGGCCUCGCGAUCUACCAGACGGACUCCGACUUCAUCCGACGCAACGCCAAGCUGGCCACCUCCGUCACCGCCGCCUUCAUCAACCUCGUGCUCAUCAUCAUGUUCAAUUUCGUCUACGAGAAGUUGGUUGCGUGGCUCACCAGCCUGGAGGUUCCGCGGACUGAGACGGAGUACGAGGAUUCCUUCACUCUCAAGAUGUUCAUUUUCCAGUUCAUCAAUUACUACGCUUCGCUCAUCUACAUCGCAUUCUUUAAGGGUCGCUUCUUGUACCACCCCGGAGACAUAGAAGUCAGAAGGAACAUAUUCGCAAAGGCACGUUACGACAUGUGCGACUCUGCCGGGUGCUUCUUCGACCUGUGCGUCCAGCUCAUCAUCAUCAUGCUGGGAAAGCAAUUCUUCAACAACAUUAUCGAAAUAUUUUGGCCGAUCCUGCGCGUGUGGUGGAACAAGCGAACGGGCCACGACAACCAUCUCAGCGAAGCCUACACGCGCUGGGAGCAGGACUACGACCUCGCUCCGUACACCAGGCUCUCCCUCUUCAACGAAUACCUCGAGAUGGUGAUCCAAUACGGUUUCGUGACGAUGUUCGUGGCCGCCUUCCCUCUGGCUCCCUUCUUCGCCCUCAUCAAUAACUUCAUCGAGAUCCGCCUGGACGCCUUCAAGUACCUCACCCAGUGCCGUCGGCCGCGCGCUGAGAGGAUCCAGGACAUCGGGAUCUGGUACUCGAUCCUCAAGGGCAUCACCUACUUCUCUGUCGUCACGAACGCUUUGGUUAUUUCCUACACGAGCGAUUUCAUCCCGCGACUCGUGUACAUGUACCAGUAUUCGAACAGCAACAACCUGGUGGGAUACGUCAAAAGCAGUCUUUCGGCGUUCAACACGUCGCAGUACACGAACGAGAUGGGCCCCGAGAACCGCACGGGCUGGCCGGAACUGUGCUACUACAAGGCGUAUCGCAACGGACCGGCGGACGAGAACCCUUACGACCUCAACCAGCAGUUCUGGCACGUGGCUGCUGCUCGUCUGGCCUUCAUUAUCAUCUUUGAGCACAUCGUGUUCUGCCUGACGAGCGCCGUCGCCAUGUCCAUCCCAGACAUCCCCGUCGAGGUGAAGAACCAGAUGCUGAGAGAGAAGAAGGUCGAGAAGGAGACGCUGUUCGAGAACGAGAUGAAGAAGAUCCGACAAGAGCGACAGGUGCGGCACGAGCGCGUGAGUUCGCCCGAGGACGACAACAUGGACAUCGACCUGGGCGAGGGGCUCCAGACGCGGCGGAACUCCCGCGUCGCCACGCCCACUUUGACUCCAGGGCUAUUCCACGACCACCACGCAUAGCAGAGAUCACCCUGAACACCAUCCGUGUAGGCACUUUUCUUGCAUGUAGCUGGUUGCGGUAGGAAGGAGUACGAGAUUCAAGCACCAUUGUUGCGCAGGUUCCAAGCUAGGCAUGCAGAGGCAAGGGUUAUAUAAGUACUUACAUAGACCUUGAGCGGAGGGGCUGAGACUGCCGGGUGACCCUUAAGGAAGAGGAAAAGCAUUUCGAUGCCGGGCCUCAGGUAGGGUUGCCUUGUGCCUCCUAAGAAAGCUCAUUGCGUGUAGUCUACUUCAGAAGUAGAUUGAUGUGAAAAAAUGACAUGAAGCUCUCCGUCCCAGUGCCGAUGUUUGAAUAUAUUUUUAUUCGGUGGUUUGCACUAUGUCAGGUUUUCUGGCCGAAGUCUUCCCGAUUUUAGACACCUUAUUGUUGUAAGCCAUACGAUAAUAUUACUGUAGACCUAUUUUGUGAGGCAGGAGAAUUAUAUUGCAGAAAAAUUAAAGA